AUGAACACGGACGAGUUAUUCGAAUUUGACGCACCCAAGACGUUCGUCAACCUAUACGAGAUUGCAAACGCCAAUUACGACGGUGCUGACAGAAUUUUUGAUUAUGUCGAAAAAAUGGAAGGUGCUAAAUCUGAACCUAAUUUGGGAAUUGUCAAAAAAUCAACAGUGAAUGACAAUGAUGUUCCAGAGGAAAAUAAAGAAAAUUGUUCACCUGAUGAUCAGUUUGAUGAUCGAAAUAUCAAUUCAUUGGCUUAUCAGCUAAUUCGUUCUGCAAAGAAGUCAAGGUCAUCAAAAUUACAUAAUAGACACUCAAUUACUGUGGAAGGAAUUGAACUAGAGUUGCCGCGGAUCAAACAUCAUGCCAUGAUUACCAGACUAGAUGAAUUGGAAAGCACGCCUAAAUUAGAUUUACGUACUCGUUCUGUUGUUAAAUCUGAGUACAAAUAUGAACACAUUAAAUCAGGUUCGCAAGAUAAUCUUAUAUUAGAUAAAAGUUCAAAAAAAUUCAUGAGUAUUGCUGAAAAAGUCAGGAAUUUCUUCAACAACACACCGCCUAGGUUUCAUUCUAAACCCACUGUCUCAGCUGGUUCAAAGGUUUUCAGAUCUAGAAGGCUUUUCCCUGGUGCUUUCGAGCCAAGUAUUAGCUCAAAUAACACUAAUAACAUUAUAGAAAAUAAACCAACACCACAGGGCAGUACUGAAAACAAACAGAUUUCUAAUAACCUAAACAUAAAUAUUCCUUCAAGCAGUAUCAAAGUGCCAAACAAACCUCAAAAAAUAAAAGUUCUCAACUCUCAGGAUGGAGUUCAGGUGGUUGAAAACAAAGAACUGGCUCAUGGUGGUAUUAGAGUUCUUGAAAAACAAUUGCAUACCAUUCCAAAACCAUUUAGUUUUGAAUCUCGUAGAUCUUUUGCUGUUAAACCUCAAAGUGUGAAAGGUACAGAGCAACAGUGGUCAUUUAAAGCCCGUCCAGCUACUGUCUUAAAAAAAAAACCAUUUGUUCCAAAGCAUGAAAAAAAAUAUACUGAACCAAAAAAUAUACGUUUAAACACAGAAAGACGAGCUCAAGAAUGGAUGGUUUUUGAACUUGAAAUAAAGGAGAAGUUUUCACAGUAUGAAGAAAAUACAAGAAUGAGACAAGAAGAAAUGAAAAGAAAAGAAAUGGAUUUGAUCAAAAAUAUGCGACAACAAACUAUUCAUAAACCAGAACCUAUCAAAAAAUAUAAGCCAGUGUUAAUAAGAAAAUCUGGAAGACCUAUUACUGUACCACAAAGCCCAAGGUUUUCAAUCCGUCCAAAUAGAAAUUGUUUAAACUCCAUAUGUGAACAACUUUAG